UCGAGCAUCAUCGAAUGCCUCAUCCAGGCAGCCUACAUGCACCAUCUUCCUUCGCAUUCUUGUAUCAAAUUCCUAUCAAAUGAAUUCUUGUUCCGUCUAGUCUUUCUGCUUUUCGUACUCAGCGUCUUCCAUCCGUCAUGCCCGAACAACCCUCGCACGAGAAAGACACAUCCAUCCCUCCGCCGCUCGAUCCCUUCCCCACCUACCAGACGCCGUAUCCUCGCUCCGACAAGGACAGUGACAACCAGUUCAUUCGCUUCCGUCGCUUUGCCGAUGAACAAUUUCAAUCAUUGUUCCAGGGCUUGGCCAAUUCAUUCGGCCUGUCUACUAGGGACGAACUCCAGGAUAUGAUGCGGCAAAAACAGGAGUUCCACGACGAUUUCAAGAGGCAGUUCGAGCAGGACAUGCAGACACUGAGGCAACAGAUUGAAGAUUCUAGGAAAGAAUUCUCGCAAGCCAAGAACGAGACCUGGAAGGCGACAACAGAUUCCAAGGAGCCAUCAACGGACACAUCACCCUGGUGGACUAAAGGAAGUGCAGCGAAAUGUCCUGCGUUGAAUGGCGAAGAGCCUCAACGGAAUGCAUCAAAAUGCCCGGCUCUCUACGAUGAGGCGGGACAGCCGAAGACCGAGCUCGAUGCGUAUGACCUACUCCAGAAAGACAAAAACACAAAGGAUGCCAAAGUAUUCGAGACAACCGAUCACUCCACUUCCACCAAACCAUCAACCUCGUGGUUCUCCUCGAUCGGCUGGGAUGGAAAACGGAAGGAGAAGGCUUCCAGCGACGGUCAAGAGUUGAUCAAAGGUAUCGGCACAUACCUGGCUCGGCCUACCACCUAUGUAAUGUUUGGAAGCCGUCGUAUGGACCCUUUCAGCAAUACUGACCAGACCAUCCCGUGGUUGAUGCUGAGCCCGUAUUCUCCCAUCUACCUCUGCAACCCCGCCCAACCACGGCUCUUCAAAGUCAGGAUACAACAUUCCGAAGGAAUACCCUUACAGAUUUCACGGCCUCGAUUCUUCGAAAGGUGGUACUCCGACGUCGAUGAGAAGAUGGCAAAAGCAGUCCCAUGGGCAGAUGCGUUUGAGGAUCUGCUUAGUCUACAGCAGACCGGCAAGAUGGUGGAUAGGGACUACUCGACUUGGCGGACACCGAGCACCUGGAUCCACGACAUGGUCCAUCGAGGCACUCUAGGCUCUCGCUGGGGAUUCAACCAGGACGGUCUUUUGAUGAAGCUGGCCGAUACUCAGUCGACAGAGAGCGCUGCAUCAAUGAAAGACCCCUGCGGAUGGCGAAAGGAGCGCAGAUGGGGUAGCAAAAAACGACCUGAUGAGGUCCAGACGCCAGAGCCUGUUCCGGAGGACGACUUUGUUGAGGAUCUCAUUGACAAGGCCACUAAGUCUCUUGCACCAUACCCGGUGUUUGGUAGCAUCCUCGCUGCUGCUGACGCAAUCGUAGCCGCUGUUGAAGAAACCGCGAAGGGGUUCGAGCAAGCGUCGAACCAACCGGCACCUGAACCUAUGGAUCAGCUCGAGGCACCGACAGUUGCAGAAGACUCUGCCCCAUCCUUUUCGACUUCUUCAUCGUCGUCAUACACUUAUGAGAGCUCAUUCAGCUCCGUUGACGAAAGUGGCUCAUCUAAAUAUGUGGUCGGCACGCUUACCUCAACAUCCGAGCGUACUCUUCCUGACGGUUCUAUCGAGACAAAACGUGUAGCCAAGAGACGAUUCGCCGAUGGAACUGAAGAGGUCGACGAGAGUGUGGAUGUAAGGAACAUUCCCCGUGCUCAGUCUGCUCAACCACAGACUCCGAACGAAAACGGCGUCGACAAGCAUAUACAAUACGCGUCCUCGACUCCAGAUCAAGAUCGCCUUCAACGUACACGGCCCUUGGUUCCUGACCCUGAGGAGUUUCAAGGUCGUCUGAGCUUAGGGUACCAUCCACCCAACGGAGAGCAGAGCGCGGACCCCAGAGCCCAGCAUAUUGUUUCUGAUGUGGACGCCUUCGUCAACGACAAUAUCCCUCAGGAAUAUGACGCGCCAGAACCCAAGGAGGAGAAGAAAGACAACUCUGAACGACCAAGGCGAGGCGGUUGGUACUGGACCUAAAUGACCACCAAUCCUUUCACUCAUGCCCGACAUCAAUUCGGCGUCUCUACUCAUCCUCAGUACAUGCGGGUGAUAUCACAUUCGCAAGCAGCCCUCUCCUACUAUUGACCUCCUUUAUCGGUUUAAUGAUUAUACGACACUUCAAUUGGCGAUUUUGUUAUUCUACCUCCCUGUCUUAUCACGAGUCUGAACAUAACCUGCCUUUUACUGUCUACACGUGGUCCUCACUCGCAGCUCGAAUUGAUUCACGGCUUAUAAAACUGUCCCCGCAAGAAGCGGUCACAGCUAUUCUACAUUCUGGAAUGAGUUAUAGUUUUUGGGUUAGUAGCUGGAAAUAUAUUUCACCCCACUCAACCUUUUUCCUCCUGACCCGUAAACACGAACGUCAACGUCGCAGCUUUCUCUACUGUGCGAAGAAUUAAGCAUUAU